ACGAAUCGAAGCUUCGAAGUGCGCGUUCAAAAUGAUUUUAAUUGCAAACUUAUUAACUAUAUUGUGGAUGGUUUCACAAGUGCAAAGCUCGUGCUUCGCAGGUUCAAAGGAAAUGGAUGAACAAUGCAGCACAUAUUGCUAUCAGGUUGUGAAACCUCUUUUACAACACGUCAACUCGGCCAACUCGAAAGAGAAUAGAUUCGUCGAACUAAAUAACAAGAUUAAAGAGCUAGAAGCGAAAAUAGUGAAUUUAAAUAAAAUGGCUGAGCAAAACGAUAUGAAAUUGGCAUUGCGAGCUCAUAUAAUUGCCUUGUAUGAAAACAAUACGAACAUCUAUGAAAAACGCAUUGCGGAACUUGAGAGUGAAAACAAAAAACGAAAAGCCAAGGUUAAAACUAAUAAAGAUGAAACACUUAACGAUUCUUAUUCACUGGCAAUGGAAGUCUCUCCAUUGGAGAAAUUUGUUCACCUAGAUGAAAAGUAUUAUCCAGUGCCAACAUGUCCCAGUGGUUUAACUGGCCUCUUUCAAUUUCCAUUCUACGAACGAAAUACAAACUCUUACUCGUGUGAUUCUAGCAUUGCUGGUCCUGGUUGGAUAGUUAUACAACGGCGUAUAGAUGGCAAAGUGAAUUUCAAUCGUAAUUGGUCCGGUUACAAGAAAGGAUUUGGUGAAUUAAAUGGCGAUUUCUUCUUGGGUCUCGAAGAGAUUCAUUUACUGACCACUUCGCAACCUCACGAGCUGUAUAUUUUACUUGUGGACUUUGCGAAUAGAGAACGAUAUGCCAGAUACAGUGACUUUUCCAUUGGCAGCGAGGAGGAAUCCUACGAGUUGAAGGAACUUGGAUCAUACUCUGGAAAUGCUGGAGAUGCUCUGCGCAGUCAUGAACUCACACAAUUCUCCACUCCAGAUAGGGAUAAUGAUCUGGACGAAGAAAGUUGUGCUGAGACGCUGAGGUCUGGUUGGUGGUUUGCCAAGUGCUAUGAAUGCAAUCUUAAUGGAGAAUACAUUAAACCGGAUCCUCAUAGUAUUGAUCUUCAGGGUAUUGAGUGGAGAACUUGGAACCGCAAACCAUUGAAAUUCAGUCAAAUGAUGAUAAGGUCAAAGACAAGAAUAAACAAGAGUCAAAUUCUGCUAUGAUGUUUUGAUUUCUCACCAAGGAUUAUAAGAAGCUAAACUUGGGUGUUUAAUGUAAAAUAAAUAUAUUUUUCAUUUACCAUGGAUCACGAUAAAUUGUAUAGAAAUAGGUGUGAAAGUAAAAGUUAUUGUCUUCAUUUUAAGCCUUUAAUGAUAUUUUUAGGAGAUACUGUCUUGUAUCCCUUUUUGAUCAGAUUCCUAAAGUUUAUAAUGAUUAACAAAAAGACGUGUUUCGAGGUUUACAAUUCUUUUUAAUGUAUUCUAUUGCUCGAUCAAGCGAAAUGUUAACAGUACCAAGUAAAACAUGUAAGAAAGUUACAGUUGAGUGUACUCGACUGUGAUAUACCCGCUACCCACUUUUAAUAAAAGCAAAAUAUUGUGGUAUUUUGUAAAAUAUACCAAAAUACAAAAAUACUAAAAAUA